CUUUCUUUCUUUCUUUGUUUCUCAUUCCCCUCACUUGGAUUGGAGCUCAGCUCGCGUGCCGACAUGAACCAGACCGCCACCGUGUCCCACCAGGUGAAAUGCCAGUCCACCAAGGCCAUCAAGGACCUGGGUGGAGUGAGUCCUCCUCAGAGGAACUGGAAGGGCAUCGCCAUCGCUCUGCUGGUCAUCCUCGUGGUCUGCUCCCUCAUCACCAUGUCGGUCAUCCUCCUCACACCAGCUGACAACCAAGCUGGAAGUGACACCAAACUGAUGGUGGAGGAUUUGUUCAAACCAGAGUUCAAGGUCCACGACCCGGAGGCGAAAUGGAUCAACGAUUCAGAAGUCAUCUACAGGAACAGUGACGGCCACGUCAUCAAGUUCAACAUCCUCACCAACGAAACAGAAAUCGUCCUGACAAACACCACAUUUAUAAAUUUCAACGUGGCCAAGUAUUCUGUCUCCCCCGACCUGAAAUACGUCCUGUUUGCCUACGACGUGAAGCAGGUUUACCGUCACUCCUACAUGGCCUCCUACAGCAUCUACAACAUCCACACGCGGGAGGUUUGGGAGCUGGAUCCUCCUGAAGUGGUGAACUCGGUCCUGCAGUACGCUGCCUGGGGCGUCCAAGGCCAACAGCUGAUCUACAUAUUUGAAAAUAACAUCUACUACCAGUCGGAUGUCAAGAGCAACUCCCUGCGACUCACAUCUUCGGGGAAGGAAGGAGUUGUCUUUAAUGGGAUUGCCGACUGGCUCUAUGAAGAGGAGAUCCUGCAGACCCAUGUGGCUCACUGGUGGUCUCCUGACGGGGAGAGGUUGGCCUUCCUGGUUCUGAACGACACCCUGGUGCCCAACAUGGCUUUACCACGCUUCACCGGUAUGAUGUACCCGAGAGGGAAGCAGUACCCCUACCCAAAGGCCGGCCAGCCCAACCCGGCGGUGAAGCUCUUCGUCGUCAAUCUUUACGGUCCGACGCACACGCUGGAGCUCGUUCCCCCGGAGACGCUGAAGCUGAGGGAACACUACGUCACCAUGGUGAAGUGGAUCAGCAAGACCAGGGCGUCAGUGCGGUGGCUGAACCGAGCCCAGAAUAUCUCCAUCCUGACCGUGUGCGACACCACCACCGGAGCCUGCGUCACGAGACAUGAAGAAAGCUCGGAGCUCUGGCUUUCCAAGCAGAACCAGGAACCGGUGUUCUCCAAAGAUGGCAACAGGUUCUUCCUGACGGUGCCGGUCAAGCAAGGAGGGCGAGGAGAGUUUCAUCACAUCGCCAUGUUCACCACACAGUUCAGAGCCGAUCAGAACGAAGUCCGACAUUUGACGUCAGGAAACUGGGAGGUGACUCGGAUCAUCGCCUACGACGAGAACACCGACAACCUCUACUUUCUGAGCACAGAGGGUUCACCGCGAAGACGGCAGCUCUUCAGCGUGAAGACGGUGGGUCUGUUCCCGCGCCGGUGUUUAACGUGCGAGCUGAACAAAGCCCACUGCCUGUUCUUCGACGCCGACAUCAGUCCCACGAACCAGCACGUCAUCCUUCACUGCAAAGGUCCUGGAGCUCCGACUGUGAUCCUGCACAGCCUCAACAAUUCCAAUUACUACAUCCUUGAGAACAACUCUUUGCUGAAGGCGGCCUUGAAGUACAAAAGGAUCCAGCUCACCGAAUUCAGAAGUGUACCAAUGGAACAUUUCGAUUUGCCUUUGAAGAUCUCCUACCCUCCAGACUUCUCAGAGUCUCGGCACUACGGACUCCUGCUGGUGAUUGACAGCGCCCCCGGUGGUCAGGCCGUGAGCGACCGCUUCUCGCUGGACUGGGACUCGGUGCUGGUCAGCUCGGACAGCGUGAUCGUGGCCCGUCUGGACGGCCGGGGCAGCGGCUUCCAGGGCCAGAGGAUCCUGCACGAGGUCCACCAGAGGCUGGGGACCGUCGACGUCCAGGACCAGAUCGCAGCGGUGGAAUACAUGAUCAAAUUUCCAUAUAUUGAUCGGAUGAGGAUAGCAGUGUUUGGAAAGGGUUACGGCGCCUACCUGGCAUUGAUGAUGCUGAAAUCGACAGACAGUCUGUUGAAAUGUGCGUGCGCGAUGUCGCCGGUGACAGACUGGAAACUGUACGCGUCGGCGUUCUCCGAGCGCUUCCUCGGCAUGCCAUUACGGGACGACAGCAGAUACCAGUUUUCCAGCGUGCUGCAGAACGUGCAGGCGCUCCGGGAGCAGACGCUGAUGCUGGUGCACGGCACGGCGGACGCCAACAUCCACUUUCAGCAUACUGCUGAGCUCGUCAAGAACCUGGUGAAAGUCGGAGCCAACUACUCCAUGCAGAUCUACCCAGACGAGGGUCACUUCCUGUCUCAGCAGAGCCGCCAGCACCUCUACGCCACGCUGACCAGCUUCUACAGGGAGUGUUUGAAGGAGGAGUUGCUACCGCUACCCGACGAGGAGGAGGAGGAGGAGGAGUAGGCGGGAGGCGCGGAGGAUCAGACCUUUGGCAGAGCUUGAAGAAUUUUGCUCAAAUCCGUCAAGGCCUUUUGCGUUUGGACCAAGUGUUUAGCCAGAUACGGACACCGGGAUAGAGCUAAUGCUCUUACAGUGUGUGAAUGUGUGGAUGUGUGUGUGUGUGUGGGUGUGUGUGUGUGUGUGUGUACAAAUGUGUUGAAAAGACGUGAAGGACACGGCCGUGACACUCGCAUUGCCGGGACACUGAGGCGGGAGCUGCCCUCCAGCAUCCAGUCAUUUCCGUUUCGGGACGUUCCGUUUUCUCGGCAAAGCACACAGCGGACCGCCUCCGUCUUUUGCAGGCACUCAUCUACACGUAACCAAGUGCAUGAUUCUGUUUCCCCCUCCACCCCCUCCGCCCCCACCGCCCCCUCCCUCCCUCCGUCCCCCGCCGUGGCGGCGCCUGGGGAGCGGAGAACACAAGAUCUCCGCCUUUUUCGGUCUCACGCCUCCUUUUGGUCGUCGUGUCGUCGCACAAGGAAACGCCGCAGUCGUCUGCGAAAAAUGAUUUUAGUCACGAUCCGAGCGGGUCCCGAAUAAGUGCAAUUUCCCGCCGCGGCCCUCCACCGACCGCCACGACCCGCCCUGAAGUGGACACAGUCUCUAGAGGUCACACUUUGUUGUACAGGGGUCUUGUGUAGACAUGUACAAUGCCUUAUGAGCUUCGACACACUGUAAUAUCACCUGCUGGCAGUCGUAGCCGUCCAUUAGCAGCGUCAUUGUUAACCGAUGUCAACUCAGGUCCUCGAGACACGGCGUUGCAGUCACUUUUAGGAGCUCUCAUGAAGACGUUUUGGAUAACGAUAAGUCAAACGGAUAUUGGCCAUAUAGUCGUUUCAGUUUCAAGCCACACUGCAAAACUUCUCCAUCUUAAUACGCAACCUGAUUUUUGCAGCACAGGUAAAGCGAGCGAGUCUCCAUGAAGGCGUGAGAUCACGUUUGAGCGCGUCUCACCGAACAGCAGAUGCAAGUCGGGAAUAAAGAAAGCGGCUGUACUAGGAUGGACAACUUUCCAGUGUCAGUAAGGUGUUUGCAUGUCUACAGGGAAUGUGUCAAGUGUUGCCACAUUUUGUACAGUACAAUACAAGCAGAGUGUGUACAUAAAUAUAUUUUUAAGAUGUCAAAUCUCAUAGAAAGUUUAGUCUAUGGGGAUGGAUUCAUUUGACCUGGAUGUCUUGUACUUUUCUUUUCCGAUUUCCUUCCUUUCCAGCUGUUGAUUUUCUUCUUAGGAUUGGAUUUUGUAUUGCUUGUUCUUGUUCUUUUUUGCUGUUUAAAAAAAAAAAAAGUUGAGGGGGGGUGGGGCAGGGUUGAGGCUUCAGAAUUAUUGUGAUUGUCCUCUAGUGAUGAUUAUAAAUAAUAAAAAUAAAUUUUGAAAA